CAAAAGGUGUGUAAGUACACAGACACAUGCACGGAAGUCCACGUGCAGGAGCAAAAUACGUGGCUUUUUUAGUUUUAUUUUAGGUAGAUUUAACAUAUUCAUAUGGAAGAAGAUCGGGAGGAACCAAAUGCACACAGUUUCAGGUGUGAGGUAUGUGCACAGUUAGCUGCCAAGUACAAGUGUCCUCGCUGUGCCAUCAGGACAUGUUCUUUACCAUGUGUGAAGCAGCACAAGCUGAGGCAGGACUGUAGUGGAGUCAGGGACAAGACUGCUUACGUGGCAAUGAAAGAUUUCACAGACUUGAAUUUGCUCAGUGAUUACAGAUUUCUAGAAGAUGCAGACCGCAAAUCUGACACAGCCAGAAGAGACACAAUAGCACGGCGAAGAGAAGUGCCUAGAUAUCUUAAAAGAGUUCUUAAUCAAAGCAGACAGAGGGGCAUCCAUUUGAAACUGUUGCCUAUUGGGAUGACAAAAAGAAAACUGAAUUCCACCUUCUUUCAAGAGAGAACCAAAACCAUCAUGUGGACACUAGAGUGGGUGUUUCCUGCUGCACAAGCCAAGCACAGAGACAAGAGAGCUGGUGACAUUGAGACCUUGAGAUCUCUCCUGGGGAAGUACCUGACCCCAGGGGUUACAGACCCUGUGGUGAGACAUAAGCUUAAACAGUAUGAGAGAGCAGGAGUGGACAGUCUUACACUGGUCAUGAAGGUAGAAGGGAGACCAGCUAAUUCUGUCAGAUACCACAAAUUGUGUUUAGACAAAACUCUGUGUGAGAAUCUUCAAGGAAAGCUGAUUGUGGAGUACCCUACAGUGUUUGUCCUAUUGGAGAGUCAGCCUAAAAUAUACCCAAUACUUGGAGAGGAAAACAGUAACAGCAGCAGCAGUGGCAAUAGCAGUGACAGCAGUGUAUCAAGUGAUGAAGAUAAAGCCAGUACUGCAGCGACAAAGAAAGUUGCAUCUGCUGAGGAGAGAACAAAAGAUACUAGUAUCAUUAAUGAGACAGAAGAAACAAACUCCACAGACAAUAUUAAUGCAGACUGAUAAUUUAUGGUCAGCAAAGUGCAUCCAGUUUGAUGUACAUGUUUAAACUAGUGCAUCUUUAAUGUUGCAAAUCAGCCUUGGAAGAAGUACUUUUAGGUACCUUCAAAUAGGUGAUGGGUCUGAUGAUUGAGACUGGACAGUGAACAGAAUGUGAGAGAAGCAAGUUUAAUACUGGUUACCUAAUCUAUAAUUUAUAUGCGACACUGCUAUGCAAGUUCCUUAAUAAUCCAUGUUGAAACAACUACCCUUGUGCCUAUUUCUCUUAAAAACACCACAUGUAAAACUGUAGUAUAUCUACACACAGUGCUGUUUUAGUUGCUCUGUAUUAGCAUGGUGCCUCAUUUCUCACAGCAGAAGUACAGCAGUUUCAAGGACUCUAGAAAAAGACCACCAACAAGAGUUGCUGGCAGGAGAUGUAAUAUGAAAAUAUCUCGCAAUUAUAAACAAAACUUUGCUGUUCA